UAAAGGCUUCAUGCAAACAACUUUUUCCUACUCUCUCUCUCUAUCUCUCUCUCUCUUCUUCACCUUUUCCUUUUGCUUCUGCUUAAACAACAAUAACGGAAAUGCCAUCCACGAACACGCGGCCGCCUAUCUCGGGAAUGAAGCGUCCGGCACUGGCGACGGGCACGUCAUUCGAAGCACUGUACACCACAUCAUAUCUGACCCCGCAUCCUGGAAUCAAACGUUCGGCUUCUGAUACUUUCUUGUUCCAACGCUCGCGAGAACAACAACAGCGCGUGCGAGAAGAGGAGCGACGCAGUCUUUUACAGGGCCAGCAAGAUGAGGAAAAGCCCGAGCUUCCGUUGCUAAAGAUGCUCUGCCUAACUCUGUGCAUGGCCGGCGUCCAAUUCACUUGGACGGUCGAGCUAGCGUACGGCACGCCUUAUCUUCUCUCGCUGGAGCUUUCCAAAGACAUCACUGCGCUCGUUUGGCUUAUAGGACCGCUGUCUGGUCUCAUUAUGCAACCGAUCAUCGGUUCUUUGAGUGACCGUUGCACUCUACGUCUUGGUCGACGUCGUCCAUUCAUUAUUAUCGGAGGCAUCUUUGUCUGUUUUUCGAUGAUCGGCGUAGCUUUUGCCAAGGAUAUUUCUGCCUGGCUGAUAUGGUUAUCUGGCUGCACCAGCAGCACACCGGAAAACAUGGCUGAGCAAGAGCGACGCGGAGCAAUUGUCAUUGCCAUCUUGGCUUUUUAUACCCUUGACUUUUCGCUGAAUGCUGUACAAGCCUCCUGUCGAGCUUUGAUUCUCGAUAUUCCACCGUUAUGGCAGCAGCAGCAUGCAAACGCAUGGGCUGCACGUCUGUCCAAUGUUGCCAUGGUUGUGGGUUACUUUACCGGAUUUGUUGACCUUGUCGCCCUCCUGUCGUUCUUGGGUGAUACACAGAUCAAGGUGUUUUGCUUGGUCGCUAUUGCUGUUUUUACUGUAACAGUAGGAGCAACUUGUGUUACGACUGAGGAGAAACCUUUUACUAAAGAGGACGAAGACGAUGCCGGCCAUUGGUAUUACACGCUUGCACAUAUCUGGCAUGCGCUACGCUGUUUGCCAGCUCCCAUCCAAAAGCUAUGUAACGUUCAGUUUUUCGCGUGGUUGGGCUGGUUCCCAUUUCUUUUCUACAGCACUACCUGGGUAUCGGAUCUAUAUUUUUCUACACAUCCGCAAGAAAAUCCAGAUUCAUGGGCCAAAGGAACUAGAGCCGGAUCCUUUGCAUUACUUCUCUAUGCCACAGUCUCGGUUGUUUCUGGUAUGGUACUGCCAUGGCUUGUUGCACGCAAACCAUGCUGUGCCUCGUUGUUUACCUUGAAAAGCAUGUAUACUGCUGGUAAUCUGCUUUUUGCUAGUGCCAUGCUUUCUACUAUCUUUGUAUCAAACGUUGCUGUUGCUACAGCAAUUGUUGCUAUCGUUGGCAUCUCAUGGAGCGUUGUUUUAUGGAUUCCGUUUGCAUUGGUUGGUGAAUACAUCACACUGUCGUCUUGCUCUUCGGUACCUUCUAAAAUGAACACACCCGAUAUUUCAUCAAAUAACCUACUCUCGACGGCUACACCGGAUGCUGCAGAUGGUACUACCGACACGCUUUCAAUAGCAUCAUCUCUACCAUCUGUUACCUAUGGCGCACUAGUAUCUGAUCUGUCGAACAGCGAUCACGAAUCUCACGAUCAAACCGAUGUCGCACGUCAAGAAGAAGAGGAGGAGGAAGAGGACGGAUUUGAAGAUGAGUUCGACGCUGGUAUGGUGCUCGGUGUGCACAAUAUGUAUAUUGUAUUCCCUCAGUUCGCCGUUGCCAUUAUCGCUGCGGUUAUAUUUCGCCUCGCCGGUUGGAUCGAGUACGGACAGCAGCAAGAUACGGCCAAUGUUGCUUGGGUAUUGAUGUUUGGUGGAAUCAUGGGGCUCGUGGCGACUGUACUUUGCCGUUAUAUCAUCGAAGUUCCGUCCGGCAGCACCAGUCGCAAACUAACGCUUAUUCCUACUGCAGAUCGUGUAUCAGUCUAAACACAUUGUACGUUAUCAUAGACAUAUACCUUGCACUAGUAGUACUAAACCUUAUAAAGUAUAGUCCGAAGUAUAUACUAUUUUAUUCCAUUUUCCAGUAACAACAGAGUAUACAGUGUGGAAGAUAACCAAGAGUAUCAUGAAAUGUAAUUUCGAUGCGGUGUUGUAAUCAGGAUAGAAAGAAGGAAGCAUUCUAACUCUUCAGGACUAGCAUAAAUCCUACAAAUUCAAAAAGACAAA